CAUCAAGUUAUUGUGAAAUUCUACAUAGUUAGCCCGCACUUCCAAGCAAUGCGAGGUCAACGUGAACAGUACACUUUACACAAUAUUCAUUUGCUCCUCCCUCGUUCACGGCGCAUUUGUUUGCUCCAUCUUCAGCUCUCUGUUUGUUUAAUUAGCAACUCCAAAACCAUGCUUUCUGCUCAAGAAACGCUUUGGCCAUGUGAAAGCUAAGGCUUUCUGUCUUUGCAAUCAAAACAACGACUAGUCGAAUUUCUUACUAAUAGUUGCCAAGAUCAGCUAUCGAUCAGCUGGUAUUGCAAUGCUGAAUCAGUGCCUUCUUCAAGAGCGGGGCAGAGAUGCAUCUAGUCAAUGCUCUCUAGGCUAGAAGAGGAAGUUGGAGACGCAUUUAUUUGGCCAAUGCAAAGAUGAGAGAUUCGGCAGCAUUACUGCAAGGGAUUCUCCAACGUCGCUGCUUAUCUUAUCUGGCUACAUUAUUCUUAUUCAUUCUGUGCAUUGCGGCUUUCUUCUCGGCACGCUUGCUCGACUUCAGGGUAAUUAUCUCUGUAUUAACUUAGUACAUGAUUUUCGCACUUCUGGAUCUUUUCAUUCUUUUUCUUUUUUCAAGAGAGAAACUGAUCCUGCUGGACAUUUUAAGCUUUUUCUAAUGUUCAGUAAAUUAGUCCGAGUUGAAUCAGUACAGUACAGCACCAAACGGAAGUCAGAUCCUUGCAGCCUCUUCUGGGAUAACACACACAGUCUUCCAUUUGGGUGGAGAAGGUGGAUUGCCAGAAGAAGAAACUUAGCGAAGAAAUUCCCAAAAUAAUUUCGGAAUUUACUCUCGUUGUUGCCACUUAUUUUUCAUUUGCUAUGGAAUUCUAAUCUUUCAUGCACCUUUUUUUUUGGUUUUCUGUUGUAAACAUUCUCUCGUAUAUAUUUGACUCUCAAAUAGAAUUUCCGCUUCAUUUCUAAAGCGUUUAGGAGCGUCAAGAGUGAGAGAAGGAUUGUGGAAGUAAGCAUUAGAAAUCAAGUAUAUUCUCGUACAGGUUGCCGCCGACAGAAGAGAAGAAGCGGACAUGGCCCUGGCUGGCAUUUAUUUAAACCAUGAGAUCGUUCUCAACGAACAGGACAUCCCAUCCCGCCUUUUGUUGUUAUUCAUGACCUCGCAUUAAUAAUAUUUAUUUGACAGAAUUGUUAUUGUCAUAGUCGGCAAAGGUCAUAGUACCAUACUGACUAUUGUAAGUGUAAAAAAUUAGUAUGAGUUCCCUUGAUUUUUUUAGUACCAUACUGCACCAAAUUAGAAUGAGUAUUAAUGUAAGAAUUUGACCCAUGAAGUGGAAUGCAGGGAAUUACUCUCGAAAAUCAAUAUUCAGUGGCGUCACAUUUUCAAAAUACCCUCUUCAUGAUCCAUGGACAAAGCCCAGGAGGAAUCCGAUUGAAAUCCCAUUGACUUGCGCUGUUACCAACAGCACACGAACUUGCCCAACAACUUACCACCCACCAAAUCUUUCAGCACGAGAUGAAGACGCGGCCGCUCCCGAGGCCUGCCCAGAUUACUUCCGGUGGAUCCACGAAGACCUGUCGCCCUGGAGGGAGACUGGAAUUUCACUAGACAUGGUGGAGGCGGCUAAAAGAAGGGCAGACUUCCGACUGGUUAUAGUGAAUGGGACGGUUUACGUGGAGACUUAUAGAAGGUCGUUUCAGACGAGAGAUGUUUUCACGCAGUGGGGAAUUUUACAGUUGCUACGGCGGUACCCGGGUAAAUUGCCCGACUUGGAUCUCGUAUUCAGCUGCGCGGACCGGCCGGGUAUUGUUAAAGAAUGUUAUCCCAAAUCCAACGCCACCGCCCCACCACCGCUGUUCGGCUACGACGGAGAUGAUUCGACCGUCGACAUUGUUUUCCCGGAUUGGUCAUUCUGGGGAUGGCCUGAAAUUGUUAUAAAGCCAUGGAAGCAAUUGUCCGAGGAGCUAAAAGAAGGGAACCGGCGGAUGCGAUGGGUGGACAGGGAAGCACACGCAUAUUGGAAGGGCAACGCUAGACUUACGGCUUCAAGGAGGGAUUUACUCAAUUGCCAUGUCUCGGGCAAGCAAGAUUGGAAUGCCCGUAUCUAUUAUCAGGACUGGCAUCGUGAACAACGACAGGGUUUCAAAAAUUCUAACUUAGCUGACCAAUGCAUUCACAGAUUUAAAAUCUACAUCGAAGGAAUUGGGUGGUCCGUAAGCGAAAAGUACAUUCUUGCGUGUGACUCUGUUAGUUUAGUGGUCAGGCCACGUUACUACGAUUUCUUCACAAGAAGUUUGAUACCUCUGCAACACUAUUGGCCCAUAAGAGAGAAUGACAAGUGCAGAUCAAUUAAGUAUGCUGUUCACUGGGGCAAUACCCAUCAGGAAGAGGCACAGGCCAUUGGCAAGGCAGCAAGCCAUUUUGUACAAGAGGAGCUGCAAAUGAAAUAUGUGUAUGAUUACAUGUUUCACCUCUUGACAGAGUAUGCUAAGCUUCUGAAAUACAAGCCAAGCGUUCCUCCGAAAGCAAUUGAACUUUGUUCCGAGUUAAUGGCCUGUCCGGCUGAUGGAUUGGUGAAGAAAUAUAUGGUGGAUUCCGUUGUUACGAGUCCCUCUGAGGCAGCUCCAUGCACCAUGCCUCCUCCUUACGACCCUCCUACUCUUCAUUCAAUUUUGGAGAGAAAAGAAGAUUUAAUAAAGCAGGUAGAGACGUGGGAAAAACAGUAUUGGGAUACUCAAACCAAUCACAAUUAAUUAGACGGGCCGACAUGUUUUUCUUCUUCAGCUGGUUAAUUUGUCAUCAUCAAUUUCCCUGCAUCUGUCAAAAAUUUUAUUAAAAAAAAAAAAAAAUUCCUGUGCAAACGUGCGCAAUACAAAGAGGAUUUGCAGAAACCGGUUUUGCCAAAAAAAAUGACUGCAUCUGCCAUUAAGGGCCAACUUAACUUUAUAUAUUUCUAUGCGGUUUCCAGGUCCACCCUGCUACUUCCGUUCCAUUUGGGAUGCUUCCCUUUUACUUUUAGUCAUAGUGAGAGAUGUUUCCACGGUUCAAAUUUUAUAUCUACAGCUAUAUAUAAUAUUCUUGUAAUAAAUGCUCAAACUUGUCCUCCUUAUUAAACCAAAAUGCAAGUUGGACUUGAAA